AAUCGCAACGGUUAGUUUCUACGGGGUCGUUUUCUUGAGAUGACGGAUGCAGCGGUUGGCAGCAGCGAUGUCAAAGAGGAGAAGAAAAGCUUCUUUAGUAUCAACAAAAACUUGAUCGCGUUAAAACUGUCUCUCUUUUUCUUAUAUGGAGCCACAUCUUCAUUGCUUCCAUAUCUUACACUUCACAUGCAAAGUAUUGGAUUGACCAUAAAAGAAAUUUCCGCAAUAUACUUAGCAUUGCCAUGCACCACGUUUUUGGCGCCAUCUGUAACCGGUUUUCUCGUAGACAAAUUUGGAAAGUACAAACCGGUAGUGAUAGUUGCGUUUAUACUAAAUGCGGCACUUCAUCACGCCCUUUUCCUAAUCCCUCACCAAGAAACGCCCGGGAGCGUCCCCAAGGCUUACGUAAUGAGACAUCCUGAAAGGAACUUUACGGAAGUUUGGUGGAGUCCUUGUGCCAGCCGAGAAUGCCCCAGCGAGGAGAACAUCAAUAUCGAACUUCACAUGUGUGUUAAUCGUUGUCUUUUAAAACCUGCCAAUACUUCAACGGCAAAUGCCUCAACCACCGCUCCGAAAUUAAAAUACAAAAAAGUUUUUGAAAAUGAAACCACGCUUUCGUUAAACAUCGAUAUGUACGAGGGACUUCGGGAUCCAUCCUUUCAAAUGGGGAUGCCGGUUGCUGUGGAUCAAGAUAACAACACCGCUGAUUACACCAAAAAUUUUAACGAAACUUUGCUCUUGAAAUAUGGUGUUAAUGUUACUGAAUUAUACGAAAAUGAUAUUAGAUGUGGUGGGAUAAUUAUAGAAAACACGGAAGUCUUUCCUGGAGAAUGUAUUGUGCAUAAAUGUCGUUUUCUGGAAGGUGGUCCAGAUAUGUGCCCUCCCGAAUUUAAAGAAUCCGACGAUAAAACGUUUUGGCUUUAUUUCGGUUUGCGAUUUUUAGCUUCAACGAUGAUGACAGCUGGAGUAACAAUAAUGGAUCCUAUCGCAUUGACGAUGAUUGAAAAAUACGGUGGAGAUUUCGGAAAGGAAAAACUUUUCUCGAGCAUUGGUAUGGCAAUAUUCUCGCCUGUGACGGGUGCUUUUAUAGAUUACCGAAGCAAAGGUCUCGGUUACACCGAUUACUCAACCGCUUUUUACGCCUACGAUGUCCUAUUGUUGAUAUCGGCAGUGAUGGUUUUUUUGAUGCCGCUUGGAACCAAGAUUCCCGCUGAUAACAUAUUCAAAGAUCUCGCAAAUAUUGUUAAAAUGCCGAACGUUAUUUUGUUCAUCGUGUUCUUAUUCGGAUUAGGAAAUUUGUGGGGUUUCAUCGAAAGUUUUUUGUUUUUCUAUUUAAUCGAUCUUGGAGCGCCUACUUAUUUAUUAGGAAUCACCGUCACUGUUGGUACAAUAAGUUCUAUGCCGUUUUUGUAUGGGGCGGAAAGAAUCACCAAGAAAGUUGGACAUGUUAAUGUUGUCAUUAUUGCGUUUUUUGCCCACGCAGGAAGAUUAAUGGGAUAUUCAUUAAUUGACAAUCCUUGGUGGUGCUUUCCUUUCGAAGCAAUGGAAUCCCUUUCUGUUCAUCUUAUGUGGGUAGCAGCUGCAACAUAUUGCGCAAUAUUAGCGCCAAAAAGUUUAUUGGCAACCUUAAUAGGAGUAGCUGGGAUGGCCCAUUUCAGCAUUGGAAAGGGAAGUGGAACAUUUUUCGGGGGUCAACUCAUCGAAUUGGUUGGAAUACGCCAAGCAUUUAGAUACAUGGGACUCGGGGCUAUGAUUUCCGGAUUAAGUUACGCAGUUUUGCACUUCCUUUGGUUGAGGAAAUUCGACGAAAUCGACGAAGAAGAAGAAGAAGAAACCGAGCGGUUAAAAGACCCCGAACCUAAAUUUAAAGACCAAGGAACCAUGGUGUCCAUGGAACGAUUAAGUUUAAUGAUCGAGUACAACCAAAUCGGCUCUUUAACUUCCUUAGGAAGAACCAGAAGCAGCAGCGUUGUGAGAAGAAGUAGUUCCGGAGCGAUCAAAUUCCGAGGAAGCGCGUCUAAAGUUGAUUUGAUCAAAUCCACGAUGGAGGUUAACAACAGAAAUUCGAAUCCUCAAUUCAAAAAUUCCACCGGAUAUCUUAGCAGAAAUAACAGCACGAAAUUGUACGAUUACAAACCGUCGAGUUUAUCGAAAUUAACAAAAAGUGCUAGUAAUCCUGUGUCCGAAGAUAUCUUGAACAAAAAUUUAAUUCCUGAUGAAACUGAUGAGAUUAUAUACGAUAACACCAUAAACAAAGUGAUUAAAAAAAUUGAUAAUUUAGAGAAGGAGAAACGAAAUGAAAUCAAAAAUGAUGAAAAAGAAGGUGAAGAAUAG